CUGCUGGCUUCUAUCAGGCUGCCGUCCAAUAGGACCGCUACAAUUGCUGAAGCGUGUGUUGGGAGGCAUAGCGGCGAACCGCACGUCGACUUCCAAGUGGCGUGCCCAUGAAAACCCUAGUUCUUCCCUCUUAGUAUAACUCUCUUCCCCUGUCACACACCGCCGCUGACCUUUCCCUCUUAGUAAUCUCUCUAUCUACAUCUCCUCGCUGUCGAUCCCUUCGUUUCCCCGAGUUCUUUCUCCCGUUGUUUAUCUUUUUGGUUGUCGUUCAGCGACAGAGCUCUUCCUCUCCCGAUGGCCGCUUCUUCAAUCGGAGAGCUCGCCUGCACCUACGCCGCUCUCAUCCUCCACGAUGAUGGCAUCCCCAUCACGGCCGCCAACUUGACGAUCGAAUCCUACUGGGCGCCCCUCUUCGCCAAGCUCCUCGAGAAGAGGAGCGUCGAUGAUCUCAUCUUGAGCGUCGGCUCCGGGGGAGGUGGUGUUGCUGUGGCGGUCUCCGCCGGCCCGGCCGCCGGUGCGGGUGGUGGCGCUGCCCCUGCUGCUGAUCCAGCCGCGGAGGAGAAAAAGGAGGAGCCCAAGGAAGAGAGUGAUGACGACAUGGGAUUCAGUUUGUUUGAUUAGAGAUCGCUAAAUCGUUAUCUUUGUUAGGUUUUUGAUAUAAGUUUGCUUACUGCCAUCGCUAAGUCUGGCCAUCCAUUAUGAGUCAUGAGAUUUCAGAUUCUUCUCCAUACUUGUGGUUACUUUUCACAUGAGUGAAUUGAGUUAUUAAGCUCAUUUUGAUA